AUUAUAUUGACCAAAUUUCAUCAUAAUUCUCAUUCACAAAGUGAUAAAAACGCUCAACUAGCGUAUGCAUGUUAGCAACUAAUUAUUGUUUUAAACAAUUCUACUCUCAAACACUUGAUUUUUCUUCUGUCGAAAAAUGAUGAAUGUUGAGAUAAUCUCUAAAGAGAACAUCAAACCAUCUUCUCCCACUCCUCAACACUUGAAAAUUUUCAAGCUUUCUCUGCUUGAUCAACUCAUCCCUGCUGCUUUCGCUCCCACGGUUCUGUAUUAUCCAAACAAUCACAAGGCUACUACUGAGCAUCUUCAUGUCCCAGAUAAAUUAGCCCUUUUGAAACAAUCUUUGUCGCAAACGCUAACCCGUUUUUACCCUCUUGCUGGAGAGGUGAAAAAUGAUCUGUGCAUUGAUUGUAAUGAUCAAGGGGCUUAUUUUGCAGUAGCUAAGGUCAAUUGUGAUCUUAACCAGUUUCUUGACAAUCCUAAUUUGCUGCUCAUAAAUAAGUUUCUACCGCUUAGUUUUACAGAGCCAAGUAGUGGAGGAGGCCAAGUGACGAAUAUUCAAGUAAACACUUUUGAGUGUGGGGGGAUUGCCAUUGCUGUGUGCAUCUCACACAAGAUUCUUGAUGGUGCUGCACUCAGCACUUUCUUGACAGGAUGGUCUGGCACGGCUCGUGGAUUGGAGAAGGUUGUGUGUCCUGAUUUUGUCGCGUCAUUGGUGUUCCCUAGUGAUGAUCAGCUCUGGCUCAAAGAUUCAUCGACGGUCAUGUGGGGUUCAUUGUUCAAGAAAGGAAAGUUUACUACUAGGAGAUUUGUGUUUGAUGGCUCGGCUAUAGCCACUCUUAAAACUAUGACAAGUGGUGAAAAUGGGGUGCAAAAUCCUACCCGGGUGGAGGCUGUGUCGGCCUUCAUUUGGAAAUGUGCUAUGGAUGCAUCAGAAAAUAAGCAUGGUGCCAAAAGAUCUUCGCUUUUGACUCAUGUAGUGAAUCUCCGGAAAAGAAUGACACCAACUCUGUCAAAAGAGUCUAUUGGCAAUUUAAUCUGGAUAGCUAGUGCAAAAUGUUGCGAUAAGCUGGGAUACGGGGAUCUGGUGGAGCAGGUGAGGAAUGGCAUAUCAGAAAUAAAUGGCGAAUACGUGAAGGAAAUGAUGGGUGAUCAAGGGGCUGCAGUGAUGAGUCAAUCAAUGAAGGAAAUCGGAGAUUUUGGGUCAAAAGAAGAGGUGGAUCACUAUGCAUGCACCAGCUGGUGCAACUUUGGUUUUAAUGAGGUUGAUUUUGGGUGGGGAAGGCCUGUUUGGGUAAGUACUAUUGGUUUAGAAGGUGAGGUGCUUAUGAAUCUCUUGGUUUUGAUGGACACAAUAUGUGGCGGAGGGAUUGAAGCAUGGCUGACACUUGAUGAACAAGAAAUGAACAUUCUGGAGCAUGAUCAUAAUCUCUUGGCUUUGGCUUCUUUGGAUCUAAGUCCUCUUCAAACUUGUUAAUUAUUAUGAAUAUGAUAUGAUAUACUCGUUAGCGGUAUGCUUGUUAAUUGUUAUCGUUCUCAAGUUGGAGAAUUUCCUAAAGAGCAAACUGUCAGAGUUCGUUUAGAGUCUUUAGACCAUCCCUUCUAUACAGAACAUACGUGAUUCUCAAUUCUGAGAGUCAAAGUUUUGGCGAGGUGACAAUUAUACUCCAUCAAUCUUGAAAUAUCGAAUUGUGUUUUUUAAUUUUUGUUUUACAAUAUUGAGACACUGUUAUAAUGAUACAUUUAUGUGGAUGUCUUUUAUCUUUUCA